UUCACUCUCCACCGCCACUGAGGCGCAGGCUGGGCGCAGGCAGUGGCGGGCCGGCAUGGAGAGCCUGUUGGAGAACCCGGUGCGUGCUGUCCUCUAUCUGAAAGAGCUCACGGCCAUCGUGCAGAACCAGCAAAGCCUCAUCCAUACCCAGCGCCAGCGUAUAGACGAACUGGAAAAGCGGCUAGACGAGUUGAGCGCUGAGAACCGCAGCCUGUGGGAACAGCAGCAGCUUCUGCAAAACCAUCCUCCGCCUGGGCUGGUCCCCCCAUCGCAAGCCCCGCUCCAGGCUUCCCAGGCUUCUGCUACCGCCAGUUCCCCAGAGCCUCCUCAGAACCAGGGACAGCUCUCUACCAUCGCCCCACUGCCACCUCUGGCAGUGGCUGCGCCGCCGCAGCAACCACCGCCGCCGCUGCAGCAGCUAACUCAGCACCACGGACAGCUCGCAACACAGCCCCAGCCGGGCCCCAGCAGAGCUUUAGCACCCCAAACAGUCCACCAGCAUACCGCGGUCUCCGGAGCCGCUGCCGAUAAGGAGAAGGAGCGCCCCCCUUGUUGCACUGCUGCUGGAACCCUCCUCCCCCACAAACCCCCUGCCGCCCUCGGCAAGGGCGUCCUAGGCAGGAGACCUGAGAAUGAAACUGUGCUGCACCAAUUCUGCUGUCCAGCUGCUGAUGCCGAACAGAAGCCUGCAUCUUCAGACCUGGCCUCCCAAAGUGACGACUCCUACACCCAUGCCGGGGGUGGCACAGAGGACCCUUCGGCCAGCAGAUCCAGCGCCCAGGAGCUGCAGGAGGAGGAGGAGCUGCUAGGGGCAGGGGGGACCUCCGUGCUGGCAACGAAGGCCAGCCUCCACCACACAGCCUCCCCUGGCCGGCAGCAGCAUGCCAAGGUGCUCUGCUCCCAUGCCCCUGCUGCCUCUGAUUACGAGCUGUCCCUUGACUUAAAGAAUAAACAGAUUGAAAUGCUAGAACAUAAAUACGGAGGCCACUUGGUGUCCCGGCGAGCAGCUUGCACCAUUCAGACAGCCUUCCGCCAAUAUCAGCUUAGCAAGAACUUCGAGAAGAUACGCAACUCACUGCUUGAGAGCCGACUCCCUCGGCGUAUCUCCCUGCGCAAGGUGCGGGUCCCCAAUCCAGAGACUUUUGCAGCAGAGAAGGCUUUGAUGGAGGGCUACGGGCUGAUGGGGCUGCCCCUGGUCCGCUCUCCAUCUCUGCCGGCCACCAUCACAGGCACACUCACGGAGCUUGAGGACUCCUUCACGGAGCAAGUCCAGUCCCUGGCUAAGUCCAUCGAUGAUGCUCUCAGCACCUGGAGCCUCAAGACUAUGUGCUCCCUCCAGGAAGGGGGCUCCUACGAGAUCCAUGAGACCUUCCAUGCUGGAGGAAUGGGGCCCCCAGGCCUGGAAACAGAACUGAAGGAGGAGGAAGCUGCAGAACUAAGCCUGGAGGAGGAGGAAGAGGGCAGUGGGUCAGGGGCUGGGCUGCCCAAAAGCAGAAGCACCCUCAUGAUGGCUUUCCGGGAUGUCACAGUGCAGAUCGCCAGUAAGAACAUCUCUGUCUCCUCCUCCACAGCUGUUUCUGUGGCCAACUGCCUGGGAGGGCAAGAGACUCAGGUUGGACUGGUCCCAGCAGCAGGCAAAGCAGAGGCAGAGGAGGCAGGGGGAGCCGAGGCUUUGGCCUCCCCUGUUGUGACUUCAUCUGCUUCAACCACUGGGCACACAUGGACCGAAGUUGGGGCUGUCGGGGACAUAAACACAAAUGGGCAGGCAGCUGAGGGGGCGAUGGGUGAGGAAGAGGAGGAAGAAGAGGAGGUAGGGGGGUCAAUCAAAGGGGGGGAGAUUGAGACCGGUGACAACUCAGAGCAACUGAGCAGCAGCAGCACCUCCACGAAAUCUGCCAAGUCAAGCUCAGAGGUGUCAGCCUCAAAGGAGGCCCUGCAGGCUAUGAUACUGAGUCUGCCCCGAUACCACUGCGAGAACCCAGCCAGCUGCAAAUCCCCCACGCUCUCUACUGACACCCUUCGAAAGAGGCUCUACCGCAUCGGCCUCAACCUCUUCAACAUAAACCCAGACAAGGGCAUCCAGUUCCUGAUCUCCCGAGGCUUCAUCCCUGACACUCCCAUUGGUGUGGCUCAUUUCCUCCUUCAGCGAAAGGGACUUAGCAGACAAAUGAUUGGAGAAUUCCUGGGAAACAGCAAGAAGCAGUUCAACCGGGAUGUGCUAGACUGUGUGGUGGAUGAAAUGGACUUUUCCAACAUGGAAUUAGAUGAAGCUCUGAGGAAAUUCCAGGCCCAUAUCCGGGUCCAAGGUGAGGCCCAGAAGGUGGAGCGCCUCAUCGAAGCUUUCAGCCAGCGCUAUUGCAUGUGCAAUCCUGAGGUAGUGCAGCAGUUCCACAACCCUGACACCAUUUUCAUCCUGGCCUUUGCCAUCAUCCUCCUCAACACGGACAUGUAUAGUCCCAAUAUCAAGCCUGACCGGAAGAUGAUGCUGGAAGAUUUCAUCCGGAACCUGAGAGGUGUAGACGAUGGAGCUGACAUACCCCGAGAGCUGGUGGUGGGCAUCUAUGAAAGGAUCCAACAGAAGGAACUGAAAUCCAAUGAGGACCAUGUCACCUAUGUUACCAAGGUGGAGAAGUCCAUUGUGGGCAUGAAGACAGUGCUGUCAGUCCCACACCGCCGCCUGGUCUGCUGCAGCCGGCUCUUUGAGGUGACUGACGUGAAUAAGCUGCAGAAGCAGGCAGCUCACCAACGGGAGGUGUUCCUCUUCAAUGACCUGCUGGUGAUCCUCAAGCUUUGCCCAAAGAAGAAGACCUCCUCCACGUAUACUUUCUGCAAGUCCGUGGGCCUGCUAGGGAUGCAGUUCCACCUUUUUGAGAAUGAGUAUCAUUCCCAUGGCAUUACACUGGUGACCCCAGUGUCAGGUUCAGAAAAGAAGCAGGUGUUGCAUUUCUGUGCCCUGGGCUCAGAGGAGAUGCAGAAGUUUGUGGAAGACUUGAAAGAAUCCAUUGCUGAGGUCACAGAGCUGGAGCAGAUCCGAAUUGAAUGGGAGCUGGAGAAACAGCAGGGAACCAAGACUCUUUCAUUUAAGUCCAGUGGAACUCAGCCUGACCCACAGUCAAAGCAAGGAUCUCCUACAGCCACCAAAAGGGAAGUUGCUGAGAAGGCGAUGGACAGCACUGUGGAGGUGUCAAUUCACAACAGGCUUCAAACGUACCAGCACAACUCCAGGCUGGGGCCCGAGAAGGGAGUGCCGCUGCCGCCACCGCCACCACCAUCAUCGCCAGGCCUGCCUCCUAAUUCCCCAAGGGACCUGCUACCACCACCGCCACCCACCCCCCCAGGGACCCUGGUGCAGUGCCAACAGAUUGUCAAAGUCAUUGUCCUGGACAAGCCCUGCCUGGCCCGCAUGGAGCCCCUCCUGAGCCAGGCACUCACUUGUUAUGCCUCCUCCUCUGACUCCUGCAGCUCCACUCCCCUUCGAGGUCCUGCCACCCCUGUCAAGAUCAUCCACCAGCCCCCUCUACCCCCUCCUCCUCCCCCUUACAACCAUCCGCAUCAGUACUGCCCUCCAGGCUCUCUGCUCCAACAAAGGAGGUAUUCCAGUGGUUCCAGAAGCCUGGUGUAACCAUUGCCCUUUCCCCCUUCCCUUCUCUCCACCUACCACGAAACCUGGCUAUACCCAACAGCACAAAUUUAUUUCCCACUCCUCAUUGUGUUCCUAUGCCUCUCCUGGGAGCUCAUCACCCCUAGAUGGCUCCCCACCCCCACCCCCACAGAUAUGCUUAGUUCCUGACUAAUGACCACAGUAAUUUUUUAAAGAAAAAAAUGAUCAAUGGUACCUCGGUCUCCCUCUCCCAAUCCCACUUCUCCCCUCAAACCUACUGACUCUGCUGAGCCCCAAUACCUGGGAAACCCACCUCAGGUCUCUCUCUUCCCUGCCUCCUCAUGUUCUAGUUAUGAAUGGGAGGUCCCUUCUUCCUGCACCGGCCUUCUCCUCCUCCUCCCACCAAAAUCACAUCUAUCCCCCAACUUGGGCUAAGGCUUACUUCCAACCAGGAAUUCAAAUGGAGAAGAGUCAGGAGUUCCUCUAUUCCCCACCCUCACCUUUCCUUCUCCCUCUGCAAAAGGUGAGGGACGGUGAGACUGGAGCCAUUGUUUUCUAACUUUAGUUGGUGGUGAGGGUGGAGACAGAGGAGAAGAAGCUGACAUGGUUGGCGUCAUGACCAAAGGCUUGCUUGGUAGAGCACUUGUGGAAGUAAGCAUAACUGGUCCUGUUGGGAUAGAGAAGGGGCUGAAUCACUCCCUCUUGACCCUAGAGAAGCCAGCCCCUAUUCACUUUACAUGAUUAACCAAAAUUAGCUCAUAGGACCACAGAGCUAGACAGGAUCUCUAAGACACAGCUAGUCUAUCCCCCUGCCUUCAGGCAAAACUACACCUAAUACAUGCAAAUUUAUCAUUUAUAAGACCCUUCAGAAGAUACUCUAUAGCUUUCUUUGGUCAUUACUCUAGACCAGUAAGUCGUUCCAAGCAGUGUUGUCUUCAGAGAACAAUUGUCCUUUGUAGAGCAAUAGUAAGAGCUCACAUCUCUAUGGCACUCUGUGGUUUGCAAAGAGCUUUUCCUCCUGAAAACCUGUGAAUUAUGGGAUGCAAGCUUUGUCCCCAUUUUACAGAUGAAGAGCUUGAGGCUCAGAGAGCUUAAUUAAUUGCCUUGCCCAUAGUCACGUAGCUAGUGUCAGUUAGGACAUAGAUCCAGGUCCUUUAAGUCUAGAACCAAUGUGUUUUUCACUACAUCAUGAUGUCUGACUCUCACCCCGACCCUCAUCUUUGAGACCCAACAGAAAAAUGACUUACGGGGUAAGAUGACCCUACCUAUGGUAGGGUACUGGUAGAUAGCAAAACUUGGAAUAUGAGGCAAUCUCUCCCAUCAUCGUCUUCCAAAACCCCAGUGCCCAGUGCACUGGGACUGGAUCAGGACCAAGGCAACAGAGGUUUGUAGGAAGGCUAUAAACCAAAUCGCUCCAUCCAAAUGACAUAGUUCUUUCAUGAACAACCUAAAUGUCCCUGAUCCUGCCUAGUUGAUUGCUUCUGGCCCGGAUGUCAUAACUUUCAGCCAAGUCUCUGUCUCUUUCACUCCUUUGCCCUAAUUCCCAUCCUCUUUUAUCUGGCCCUGUCUUUCAUUUCUUAUGAAUCUCAACCUAUUACAAUAUGGGACCCUGGACUUCUCUAAAGACAGAAGUUCUUUCCCUCUUCCCACCUUGACCCUUCUGAAAAUUAUUCUUCAGUUUGGUAAUUGACUACUCCAUCCACUGAUGGAGCAGCAAGGCAGGAAUCACUUUUAAAGGAUGGAAAUCUAGAUCUCUGCAUUGGGAUGGAGAGUGGACAGGUAUACCCAAGGAAUGAUGGGUAAUUAGGAACAAUGGGACAAAGUGAAAGAAUUAUAAAUGAGAAGCAGAGCCAGAAGGGUGGAUGGAAGAUGAGUUGGGGGAAUGGCUAAUGCUGAAGAGUCAUGAGUAGGGGAUUGAUUGGAACCAGGACAUAUGAGUGGAGUUAUGAAAAAGAGAUAUAGACAGGCUAAAAUAUUGGGCCAUAUCUAAUAAAAUUUAAUUUCAUUUUCAUAAAGUCUUAUACAUGGAUUAAAAAAAUGAAUCUCACAAAUACAAGCUGUAGAUUUAGCUAGGCAGCCAUUUAUAUUAAAAACAAUACCUAGGGGGUGACUGAACUGCAACGUUAAUAUGAGUCAACAACGUGAUAUAGCAACCAGAAAAAAAAAACCUAAGAUGGCUUUAGGCUAUGUUAAGCAGUAUUGGAGCCUGGGCUAGAGAGAGGAUAGUAUCUAUUGUCAUAAAAUAGCUGAAAUAUUGUGUUCAAUUAUGGGUGCCACAUUUAAGAAGGAAAUCGGUAAUCUGGAGCAUUCAGAGGAAGGCAGCAAAGAUGGCAAAGGGUCUCAAGAACAUGCCAUAUGAGGAUUAGUGGAAGGAACUAGGUGCUUUUAUCCUGGAAAAAAAGGAGAUGGGUAAAACAUGAGGGUGGGUAUGUGAGUGAAGAAUUACAUUUACUCUGUUUAGCACCAGAGAACAGAGCCAGGAGUUAGAAGGUAGAAGUUGCAAAUACAAAAAUCUGGACCCACCAGGAAGAAAGCAUAGACUUAUCCAAAAGGGGAAUAGGCUUCCUUGGGAGGAAGUCUAAACUCUUCCUUCAAGAAAAGGCUGAAUAACCACUGGUCAGGUAGGCUGAGGAGAGGAUUCUUAUCUGGAUGCGACUCAAACUAAAUCUACAGCCUCUGAGGUCCCUUCCAACUCAGAUUCUCUGAUUCAACUGGAAUGCUGGACUGAUUUACAAAUGAUUCCAGAGAACAGGAAAGAAUCAUGUGGAAUCAUGCUUAAGGGACAGGCCUGAGAGAUUAAUGCAGUUGGUAAUUCUCCCUCCCUUCCACCUGGUUCGUCUAACAAUUCAAGGAUUCAAUCAGCCGAUCUGUAGUCUCCUCUCCCCUUCCCUAGGUUCAUGACCCCGAAGCUUCUCCAAGGGUGUCUAAACUAUUGGCAGUUUCUGAAUUCCUAAAGAUCCUUCCUUUCUCCACUCUUCCUCACACCUCCUUCUAGAAAAAAAAAACAUAGCCACAUAGAUAUUAAGAGUUGGAAAGGAGUUCAGAGGCCGCCCGAUCCUACUCCAUGUCAAAGAUAAAGAAAUUGAGGUGGAGAGAGAUGAAGGGACUUACCUCACAUCAAAUGGAGGAGCUGGGAUCUGAGAUUUCUUACCCCAAAUACAGUGCUCAUAGGUUUUAAACUGGAAGGGACCUUAGAGGUCAACAGGUCCAAUGCCCUUAUCUUACCAAUGAGAAAAGUGAAACCCCAGAGAGCUUAAGAGAUUUGUCCAAGGUCAUGCAAGCAAUAAAUGGCAGACUUGGGAUUUGAACCCAGGUCUUCCAACUUCAAAUCUCAUGCCCUUUCCAAUGUACCACACUACCUCACAUUGCUUUUUUUCCCACUAUAUGAAAAAGAAGGCAUCACAAAAUCUAAAAUUUGGAAGGAAUCUUAGAGACUAUCUGAUAGAGAAUCCCCCUUGUAAUAUCACUGCUAAGUGCUCCUUCAGCAGCCACAUGAAGACCUCCAUUGAGGAGAAAACCCUCCACCUCCUGAGGUUGUUCAUUCCAGUUUUGGACUUUCACCGCAACUUCCACCCAUUACUCCUCUCCUAUUACUGCCUGCUGAGGCUUAAAUACUUGAAGUUAGCUGCCCUGUCCCUCCAAAUCUGUUUUUCCAAGCUAACCAUUCCUAUACUUGAACUGAUGCUUGUAUGGCGUAGUCUCCAGUUAACUCACUGUCUCCAGGGACCUUUUCUAUAUGAAGGGAUGUCAGCGUACCCCCACUUUAAUGCAUAUGGGCAAUCCUAGGUCAUAUAGGAAGAGUAUAAUUAGUCAUGAAAGUCAAGAGGCCCAAGAUCAGCAAAAUCUGGACCAGAGGCCAACUGUGAGCUGUUGGUAAUGUCUACAUCCUAUACAAAGUAACCUCUUACAUACAUUCUUGAAAGGUGGAUAGUCUCUAUACAAAACUCUAUGAUCUCCCUUCCCUUCAAUCCAUAACUGUGGACAAACCAUCCUACAUCCUACCGCAUCUACACCAUUGUCACCAACUGCCAUAGCUGAGCUUCCUGAGAACUGAUCCAUCCUGCAGCAUUAGACCCUUGGGUUGUUCCUCCUCCAUGGGAGUAGAUCUACAAGAGCACCACCUUUGGCAUUAGGCCAGGGCUAGGGCAGAAUACUUCCUAGAGUACACAUUCAGGAAUAGCUCUUAAAAUCUCCUUCCAAGGAUAUCUUCCUCUCCUCCUGCCCUGCCCCCAGCCACAGGCACCUAGAACCCCUGACCAAACACAAUAUAUACGGGCUCUAGUGUUCUUGAUCUGCUUCAUCUAAAAGAAAUAAAUGUUGUUUGACCCAUAGGAUACUAAGCAAGGAUAGUACCACCCUUGUCUCCCUUACUAGGCCUUACCUAUCUCUGAUUCUAAAGAAGAAAAGCAGCUUUGCUGCCCCAUAACCCACAUAAUGUGCUCACAGUCACAUGUGAAUUAAUCAAGCCCAACACCAAUCCUGGAAUAAAAACUGAAAAUCAGUUUCCACCAGGGAAAUUCCCAGCCUAGCCUUCCCACUCCCCACUCCACCCCCACUUCCCCAUUACCAAGCAGGACUCUGACGAUCAUAGGGAUCAUAGGAGUUAGAGCUGUAAGGGAUCCUAGAAACCAACCCCUCAUUGUACAGAUGAGGAAACAGAGGCCCAGGGAGGUAAAGUCUGGGCUGGACAUCACUUUGUCCCUCUCCUAACUUUACACACCUUUAGAGUCCUCGACACUCCCUACCCAGUGACUCUUAACCCUGCUCUUGCACAGCCCAUCUGAAUGUUUCUCUAUAGCCAACAGAACCCAGCAGCCUAGGUGUAGGCACCUGCCCAUUUGUCUCUCUGUGUCCUGCUGUACAUACAUACGUGUCCUUGUCACCCUUCACCCAUAAGAGAGAAGCCUCUCUGGGGAAAGGCAGGGUGACAACACCAUUAAAGAAUCUGAAUGGCAAAUAUUUUGUAACAAAAUAGCCCAGAGGUAUUUUAGCUGUUCAAAUCAUAGAGUUUUAGAAAUUAUAUUGAGAUAUGUCACUUGCGCAAACCAUGUUUCCUUGUCUUCUUCCUUUCUCCUCAACCACGGGGAAGGGGAUGCAAGUGGUGGGGAAGAAAGAGGGCAAGUUUUCCAUCUGAUAGAUGGAAGCUGAGUGUGAAAGAAUUGUCUGUGGUGAAGGCCAGAGGGGCUAGAAGGCCAAAGCAAAUGCUAGAUUCAAAUGAACAAACGUUUACCUAGUAUUUUGUACAGAGCAAUGGAGGAGAUACUUUCGAUGAAAAAAGAUUUCUACCUUUGUGGAACUUGUAGUCUAGUAAUAGCUAUAAAACAAAAUACAUGCUUGGAGCGGCACCCAACUGCCACCCUCUGCUACAAAAUCAUGUGUUUUUGGUUUGUCUACAAAAAAAAGAAAAUACUUAUCUUUAGAAAAAAGCUA